AUGAAGGUCGAGCACAAGCGCUUAAAGGAUGAGUGUUGCACUCUAAAAUUCAACGAGAUCGACGCUGAAGAGUCGGCACAAGUCAUCUCGGACGGAGGUGCUACUCGCAGCUGCUUUGUCCUAACCAAACCAGGAGUUCCUAUCACUUUCCAAUGUACGACCCAUCUUCCCGAAAAUACGGAAGAGUUCAUUGAAGUAGUGGUCGAUGGCGUAUCUAGGAGCAUGGCCACAGUUCGAAAAGGCCAGGGAAAGAAACAUUUUUACAAGACAAAGUUUGACAAGGUUUUGAGCUACAGAUUUGAAGGCGGCAAGAAGAAAGGUCUCAAGAUCUGUGGUAUGGGGGCUCAAUUACGCAGUGUUUAGUUCUCAUAUUUUCUUUUUUAACCUCGGUUCACUUGAGAGGUCAAGAGCUAAUACUUUGUUAGACAACAUCAAAACCACACCUGGUGCUCCUGCCUCUGCUGUCAGUACCAUCGAGGUUCAACAUUGGCGCAAGUACCCAGAGAACUCUGAGACAGCAGCUUCAGGUGUUCAAUCAGCCAAAGAGAGAGCGCCAAAGUACGAUCAAGUUCCUAGAUGGUCUGACCGAGAGCAAACCUUUUCUGAUGACAUCCCCCAUGAGUACUCUAUCCAGUAAGUUCAUUCCCUGGUGUUCGUCAGCUCAUGCUAAGGACUAAAGGUUCACCGGCGACGGCAAAUCAAGCAAAACCCUCAAAGACAGAAUUGCUGAGGAUAAAGAUGACUUCAAGCACUUCCGCACUUACAAAUUCCGUAGGUCACACACCUUCCUGCUCUUUCUUUUUGCUUCUCUACCACUUGGAUUACCCUCUCUUUUGUUUGUUCCAGGUUAUAUUAAUGUUUGUUACCUAGAUCUUGUUUCGCCGGACCAAUUUCAGAAGCUUGGUGGUGCAACCCCAUCUGCAAAGCAAAGUUCGCCACAAGUUGUAGUUCCUGUCAAGGAUAAGUCCCAAGAGAAGCAGUCCAAGGAGACAGCCGAAAACGAUAGAAAAGUCUCAAAAUUUGUCAAAAGCAACGAAAAAGAGUCUGGUGAAUCCAGCAAGACUACGCUAGAGAAAAGCGAGAAAUCAAAGGCGGAAGAAAGUCCUUCGGCUCAAACAGGCGAAAAUAAGACUCCCAGUGAGCCAACGACCAAUGGAAAGCCCGAGUCUUUAGAUGCGGUAAAGGCAGCUCGAAAAGUAAGCGAGACUACCAGUUCAAGCAAGCCAGCUACAGAAGGAAAGCCCGGAGAACGCGCAACAACCAUUGAUCUUCGCUCUCAAUCACCCGAUUUCGGUGGAUGGCCAUCUGAUGACGAAGACGCCGAACUAGUCCCAGAUCAGGUUCUUAGCCCAAGCCCAUUGCCGGAAAAGGACGAAGAGAUAGAAGAGAAUGCGGUUGGCCACACAGAGCUUCCAGCAGAGAAACAAUUCACCGUCCUUGAGGAGGGCCAAGACGUACUUGAGGACUAUCAUGCAACGGUCGAGGAGCUGAUUCAAGAGGACCAAGAAGCUGCUAAUUCAUUCAAGCCGAUUGCCCUUGAGGAUAUGGAUAUCGACGCUGAAAUGGAGGAGGGAGAAGUAGCACCAGUACCAGCGCUUGUAUCAAAGAAGCGCUCAGUUGUCUAUGGAUUCCCAGGAGGACCAGCCGAUAAAUGCCGCGCUAGAGAUGAUGCUAUGCGUUCAUCAGCAGAUCCUAUGGAAGGUGUUCAGUCUACCAGAUCUUCUACGCCUGUGGAUGAAGACAAGGGAGAUAAGGGGGCUGAAUCAACUGAUGCCAAAAACUCGCUUAUGACUCCACCACCUUCCACCCAAAAGCUGGUUGAGUCCAUUGAAGUUCCCGUUUCCUCAACGCCCUUAAAUAACCUCCAAAGCCCAACCCGUGCCUUGAGUCCCCUCCGAAAUGUCCAUCCAAUCUCGGAAGAAGAUGGAGCAAGUGCUGUUACUGCCAUUCGAAACCCCGCUCGCCGUUUCUCAUUUGAGAAUGGAAUGAAUCUCAUUCAACGCGUGGAAGAAGGAGCUCGUGAAGGCAACAUUGGAAAUCUCAACUCUCUAGAUCUGAACGUCCCCGAAAGUCGGUUUGCGAGAAUCCCACGAACUAGCGGAAAUAGACGACCAGCCGGAAAGGGGAUGAGUGCUUCACCUGCACCUGGUAAGAAUUAUCUUUGAGUUCCACGUUUCAUUGUACAUUACAUGGAAUACUAACGAUAAUAUAGAGAAUAUCCCGGCACACAUUCGCCAACAAUCCUCUAAGGAGAGUCUCCAAGCAUUAUUCCACCUCGAGAGCGUCCCAGUUCCACGGACUGAGAAGGUGGUGCUAGUCGAGGACGAAUAUGUGAUCCCGAAGUUGAGCAAACAAGAUGCGCUCUCGGCAAAACCAGUUCCAAACCGUGAAAAUGGCGUUGUUCCACGGAUUGACUCACCCAAGGACAAUAAUAUCGACGUGGAGAAGUUAAUCGGAGCCAUCGAUCCCUCAAAACAAAAAGAUGCGCCCACUAAGAAACCAAUCGGUGAAAAAGCAGGUAUUUCUAGGCCUCUACUCUCUGAAGCAGGUGUCCUAUUUGAAAAGAACGACCAUGUUGUCCCCAAGACACAAGACUCCUUUCUAAGAGCCCACAAGAAGCGCCAGGAGCAAGAACGACUCUCAGUAUCUACUCAACUCGUCCCUGUACGCACACCGUCACCCACGGCUCUCACACCAACCAUCCCCCCUCGUCCACAAAAGGUCACUGCUCCCCGCCCUUCAACGCCACCUACUCCAAGCCCCGCGCCUCGUUCCCGUCCUAGCGAUUUUUCAGUCAAACAAUCCAUCGAGAAACCGUCCAAGCACGCGAAACAACCCAGUGCAGUCACCAACCCCGUUGAGCAACUCUCCAACCCAUCAUCUUCGAAGCCUACUCCCGCCAUCGCGCAACCCAAGCCGUCGAAGCCUAACGGCGUCGCUCAGGGAGUCAGUACUUCAGCUACGAACACGAGCACGAGCAAGAACAAGAAGCGUAAAGCCAAUGGCGAGGGUAUCAACGGUAUUGAUGGACGAGCUGCUAAGAAGGUUGCUACUUCUACUUCUACAUCCACUGCGGCAAACAAAGCCGAGACUGAUCUCAAUCAGGCUAAGCGAGCAGCGCUGGCACGACUCGAGAAAGCCAAGAAAGUACGUGAGGACCUGGAUAAGAAGGAGGCCUUGCUAGAGGAGAUUAAAGGAAUCGAGGAGGAGGCUGCUAGGAUUGAGGGGGAGAAUGAGGUCAAGAAGGUUAGUAUUUUUUCCUUCCAUUUUUUCUUUGCUGAGUGAGUGAGGAUGUGUGGGUGGGAUGAAGCUAAUUCGAUAUUUUCACACAGGAGAACAUGGAGAAAUUUGGUGACAUGAGUGUGUAA